AUUGUUAUGAAGCCAAAGUCUUGAUGACAGCAGUUUGCGAGUGUAUUGUUAUGGUAAUGAGACUGGACUUCCUUUCAAUAUCAAUGAAAGCACCAUGACCCGCUGCACCCACCAACAGUCCCCUUACCAGCUCCUCUGGGGUCAGCCGUACAUCCACGAAGAAGUCCUGGGCUACAAGUUCCGCAUAUCUGCAGAUGCCUUCUUUCAGGUCAACACGGCAGCGGCGGAGUCUCUCUAUCAGACUGUCAUGGACCUCAGCCGGGCCACAGCCAGUGACACUCUACUGGAUGUUUGUUGCGGAACGGGUGCCAUCGGCAUUACCAUGUCCUCCAGGGUGAAAGAGGUGAUAGGCGUUGAGAUCAUCGAACAGGCAGUGGAGGAUGCGAAACACAACGCUUCUCUCAAUGGAGUCACCAACUGCACGUUUAUAGCCGGCAAGGCUGAGGUAGUUUUGCCUGAACUGAUAACAGGCUUUGGGGCAGAUAGGGGUGGUGGAAUCACAGCAGUGGUUAAUCCAUCCCGUGCAGGACUACACAGGCGAGUGAUAAGAGCCCUGCGUAACCACCCUUCUAUUCGCAGACUGGUGUAUAUAUCCUGCAAGCCUGAUGGGGAGGCCAUGAGGAACUUCAAGGACCUGUGCUGCAACAGCUCAGAGCAGCCACGGAGGAAGCUCACCGGAGAGCCCUUUGUGCCCACGGCUGCCGUCCCUGUAGACAUGUUUCCACACACACCACACUGCGAGUUGGUUGUUGUCUUCGACAGAUAAAGGCUCAUUAUCUCUCUUUUGUGGGCACAACAACUUCAGUCUGCUUGACAGAUUUGAAACAAGUCUGAGACAUCAAAUCCAAACCGGAAGAUUCAAAGCAUUCAGAUGUUCAGUGUGUGUGUGUUAGUGAGUUCUACUUUGUCUGUCUCACAGAUGGACCACAAUUGAGCACUAUUACCAAAUGACCCUACUUUUCUGGAAAAUUAAAUGUAAUGAAUAAUUACAUAUAUUGUACAACAGUGAAUAAAGAGUUUAUUUUUGAUUGUC